AACGAAUGAUACGAUAAAUAUUUAGCUUAGCUAGAACAGCUAAAACUAGAACAAGUUUUUAAAUUGGUAUUUUGUGUAUCAGGAUUUAAGCUUUUGGGGAUGAAUUUUACAACCUAAAAUAUGGCUUGGAGUUCUUUGCCGCUGAUAGAGAUGGAUGACGUUAACAUGAAGAGAAACAGUAACGAAUUCAGGGAUAAUAUAAGAAAUCAAAACCCUGGUGAUAAUCUUGAGAAAGACAUAAGUAAACAAUUGAGUGCAUUCAGGCAGCAAAGUAAAGUGAGCAAGGACUUUGGUCAGGACAGACCAUCAGUUGAUGAAUUUGGACGAGAUGUUUACACCAAACCCUCAAGCGAAGGGGAACAAAACUUUCCAGAUCGCGAGAGUGGCAGAAGAAGGGAGAGAAGUCGUAGCCCACGACGCUGGCGUGAAGAUGAUGACAGGGGAAGGGAGUGGGGUAAUGAGGAGCAACGGAGGCGGAACAGGUAUGCUUGCCAUGUCGAUGAGGGUGAAGAUGAAGGAAGGAAUGGGGAGAGAUAUCGAGAUUGGUCAUCACGCGGUCGUGAACCCGAUCGUUACAGAGAUAACUAUCGAAGAGAUAAUUAUCGAGAUCGUGACGAAAGGGAUUAUCGUGAUCAUGAUGACAGAGAUUACCGAGAUCGGGAUGAGAGGGAUUACCGAGAUCGGGAUGAAAGGGAUUACCGUGAUCGAGAUGACAGGGAUUACCGUGAUCGAGAUGACAGGGAUUACCGUGAUCGGGACAACAGCGAUCAUCGAGAACGUGACGAGAGGGAUUAUCGGGAUCGUGGCCAGAGAGACUACCGAGAUCUAGAUAAGAGAGACUGGAGACGAGAUAAAUAUGAUGAAAGAAAUGAUGAGAGGAGACGAGACUAUCGAGACAGAUAUAGAAAUGAUGAUGAUAAAUACAGUUCAGAGCGACGGUCACAUGAUGACAGAGAUUAUGAUCGCCGAGUCUAUCGUGAAGAGCCAAGCGAGAUUGUCAUGUUGAAAGGUUUACCAACCUCUACUGAAGAUACACAGAUUCAUGAAAUAUUAGCCGAUGCCAAAUUACCGUACAAAGAUGUUCGUGUUGUUAAAACCAGAGAAGGAUUUUCUCGUGGUUUCGCAUUCGUUGAAUUUCUGGACAUGGAGACUGCAAAAAAAUGGAUUGAUAAUUGCAAGGGGAAACUCACCAUUGAAGAUACGACGGUAAUCAUGGACUUCAGUCGUUCGAAAAUGGCCGUAGAAUCGCAUCGAGACUGGGUUUGUAGCAAGUGCGGGACACAGAAUUUUUCCUCAAAGAGGCGAAAUACAUGUUUUACAUGUAACACACCAAAAGAUGAAAAUGAUGAAACCAAAGAACUUGGUAGUACACCGUGUAAAGUUCUCAUUCUUCGAGGCCUGGAUAUUCUCACAACUGAAGAGACGAUCCGCCAGUCGCUGGCCUCGUUUACGUCCACUCCAAUCUUCGAUGUGCGGCUUAUUAAAGACAAGUUGACAGGCACGUCAAGAGGAUUUUGUUUCGUUGAGUUGGGGUCCAUUGAGGAAGCGACUCAACUUAGGGAAGAACUCCAAACUGCUUCAUUCACGAUUGACGAGAAAGUAUUGGUCAUAUCCUACGCCAAGUUUGCUACCAACCCAUCCAAAUCAGGGACAGUCGCAGUUGGCAGCAGCUCGACAAGUGCUACUACCUCCGUUACUGCCACAACUACUUCGUCAUCAUCCACGGCCAAUAAAACACGUUCCAAAUUUGCAGCCAAUGCCAUAGCCCAAGCUCGUGCAGCUGCGCAAAUGGGACACACCACUGACUCUCAGCUGUCGACCUCCAUGGAUCACUACUCUACUAUAGAGGAUACUUCCGCAUCUCAGCAGCCAGCCUCUUCAACAGCUCAAGACGUUACAACGAAUGCAGGUGUAUCAAGUGAAACCCCAACAGAUCCCUCAGUUGAUAAAACGGCUAAAGCUGGUGCGUCGCAGACCAUAUCAUCAUACGUUUAUGAUGCUGCAAGUGGCUAUUAUUACGAUACCACAACAGGACUGUAUUACGACCCUACAACACAGUACUACUAUAACAGUACAACCAAACAGUAUAUGUAUUGGGAUGCUACAACACAACAAUAUGUCACUGUUGUGUCAUCUGCUGGGUCAAGUGAAACACCCGCGACUACUGCAGCAGACCAAACUCAGGGUGCAAGUGAAAUGGACAGUACGGCUGCUAGCAAAGAAAAGCAAAAGAAAGCUAAAAGUUUAAAUGCUAAAAAGAUUGCGAAAGACAUGGAAAGAUGGGCGAAGAAACAAGCAAAAAAUAAAGAAGCAUCUCGUCCUCAGGCCACUGCACUAACCACACAGGACACGGUCAAAGAAAGCACUUACCAAUAUGAUCCUAAUGAUUUGAAGGGUGGAAUUAACAUGAGUAUUACUGGGUCCACUACCAUCACACCACUAGCUACAGCGAGCCCACUGGCUGCUCUAUCUGAACUAGACAAUCCAACCGCACCUGCGAUACCAGCAGCGUCUUUUUUAGCGGCCGGUAGCCUAGUAGCAGAAUAUGACGGUGAUGAUUCUGGAGGUGAUGAAGGAAACAAGGAAGACGAUUAUACUGAUUUAACAAAAAUGGCUUGCUUGUUGUGUAAACGACAAUUCCCAACAAAGGAGGCUUUGAGCAGACAUGUUCAACUCUCUGACUUGCAUAAGCAAAAUUUGUUGGUUCAAAAGAAAUUGAAAAUGUCUUUUAAUGAAAUAGACGAGUAUGAAAAAGAGCAGAGAGAGGCAAAGUAUCGCGACAGAGCAAGAGAAAGAAGAGAGUUAUUUGGUCAACCAGACUCAGCACCACCUGGUAGUAAGAGAAAAAAAAAGGGAAAGAUAUCGUACGAGCAACCGACAAAAGAUGGCAUCACGUCGGACAACAUUGGCAACAAAAUGCUACAAGCGAUGGGUUGGACAGCUGGAACAGGUUUAGGAAAAGAUCGACAAGGAAUUGUUGAUCCAAUCUUGGCGAAGAUGCGAAAUCGUACGGCAGGCCUUGGUUUGAAAGGAAGUGAUUUCGGUGCGACUGCUGGUGACUCUGAACGCGAUCUACUGAAGAAGAUGGCACAAUCACGUUACAACGAUGCAUGAAUGCUAAAGAAAGGAGACAUUGCCAAGAGAUUCUUGACUAUCGGAUGAUGCAUGCCCAGAUUCAUUCAUUCGUUUCCUUCAACAACUAUAGAACGUACG